AGGCGCGGCCCGGGUGCCCUUGGCUGAGGCGCGGCGCUCGAGCCUGCACUUUCAGCGCCCGGAGCGGACGCCGGCAGCAUGAGCGGCUGCGGGCUAAUCCUGCGCACGGCGGCGGCCGCGCGAGUCUGUCGGGCUCUGGUGGCCUUCACGGAGAGCCGGCGCCCGCUGCGCACCAGCCCGCGGAGCGCGACUUUCGCCAAGGAGCUCUUCCUGGGCAAGAUCGAGAAGAAAGGAGUUUUCCCGUUUCCAGAAGUUAGCCAAGAUGAACUUAAUGAAAUCAAUCAGUUGGUGGGACCCGUAGAAAAAUUCUUCAUGGAAGAGGUGGACUCUCGAAGAAUUGACCAGGAGGGAAAAAUCCCAGAUGAAACUUUAGAGAAUCUGAAGAAACUGGGGCUUUUUGGGAUACAGGUGCCAGAAGAGUAUGGUGGCCUUGGCCUCUCGAACACCAUGUAUGCACGGCUAGGGGAGAUCAUCAGCCAGGAUGGCUCCAUCACUGUGACCCUGGCGGCGCACCAGGCCAUCGGCCUCAAGGGGAUCAUCUUGGCCGGCAGUGAGGAGCAGAAGGCCAGAUACUUGCCCAAGCUGGCGUCCGGCGAGCACAUUGCAGCCUUCUGCCUGACCGAACCAGCCAGUGGGAGUGAUGCAGCGUCCAUCCGGGCCAGGGCUGUUUUAAGUGAAGAUAAGAAGCACUACAUCCUCAACGGCUCGAAGGUCUGGAUCACUAAUGGAGGACUGGCCAGUAUUUUUACCGUGUUUGCAAAGACUGAGAUUGCUGAUCCUGAUGGCUCAGUAAAGGACAAAAUCACAGCAUUCAUAGUAGAAAGAGACUUUGGUGGAAUCACUAACGGGAAACCUGAAGAUAAGUUAGGCAUCCGGGGCUCCAACACUUGCGAAGUCCAUUUUGAAAACACCAAGGUGCCCGUGGAAAACGUGCUUGGAGACGUCGGAGGCGGGUUUAAGGUGGCCAUGAACAUCCUCAACAGCGGGCGGUUCAGCAUGGGCAGCACAGUGGCCGGGAUGCUCAAGAGGUUGAUUGAAAUGACCGCUGAAUAUGCCUGCACGAGGAAGCAGUUCAACAAGAAUCUCAGUGAAUUCGGAUUAAUUCAGGAAAAGUUUGCACUGAUGGCUCAGAAGGCCUACGUGAUGGAAAGUAUGUCCUACCUCACCGCGGGGAUGCUGGACCAGCCCGGCUUCCCCGACUGCUCCAUCGAGGCCGCCAUGGUGAAGGUGUUCAGCUCAGAGGCCGCCUGGCAGUGCAUCAGCGAGGCCCUGCAGAUCCUCGGGGGUUCGGGUUACAUGAAGGACUACCCGUACGAGCGCAUGCUGCGGGACUCCCGCAUCCUGCUCAUCUUUGAGGGAACCAACGAGAUUCUCCGGAUGUACAUUGCCCUGACUGGACUGCAGCACGCCGGGCGCACCCUGACCGCGAGGAUCAAGGAGCUGAAACGGGGCAACAUGAACACAGUUAUGGAGACCAUUGGCCGGAGGCUUCGGGACUCCCUGGGGAGAACUGUGGACCUGGGGCUGACAGGCAAUCUUGGCGUUGUGCAUCCCAGUCUUGCGGACAGUGCCCGCAAGCUCGAGGAGAACGUGUAUUACUUUGGCCGCACUGUUGAGACGCUGCUGCUACGCUUUGGCAAGACCAUCGUGGAGGAGCAGUUGCUGCUGAAGCGUGUGGCCAACAUCCUCAUCAACCUGUACGGCAUGACGGCCGUGCUGUCCCGGGCCAGCCGCGCCAUCCGCCUCGGGCUCCGCAAUCACGACCAUGAGGUCCUGCUGGCCAACACAUUCUGCAUGGAAGCUCAUCUGCAGAACCUCCUGAGCCUGUCUCAGCUGGACAAGCACGCACCAGAAAACCUAGAUGAGCAGAUUAAGAAAGUGGCCCAGCAGAUCCUGGAGAAGAGAGCGUACAUCUGUGCCCACCCUCUGGACAGGGCGUCCUGAGGUGCUGACAGCUCCCCCUCCUGCCGCUGCCCCCAGGCCAUGGCCAGUGCUGCACACCGCUGUCUCCUGCCAGGAGGUGGAGAACUCUGGGUUGCCUGGCUGGAACGUUCAUACCCAGGCUGCACCUGGAAGGCUCUCUUCUGGCCAGAGGAAGUCCUGCCGCUGUCCAGCAGGAGCCUGGCUUCCACAUGGCGCGGGACAGCUGACACCUGCGAUGGUUUAGAAGCCACCACAGGGGACCUGGGGCUGUGCUGCCACCUCGCUGCCUGGGGCUAGCGGGGACCUGUGUCAGGUGUGAAGAGCCCUUCCUGUGAGACCACACGUUGACAGCUGUGUGUGUGUCAUUCACUCAGACUAGGAGUGCAGUGCAGUGACAGCAUGUACCAGGAGCCAGGGAGUGAAGAACAUAAAACAUCCCGAUGUGCAGGACUUCGCGCUCUGGCUGUGCUCAUCACGAGGUUCCUGACUCCGCCUUUAGUGCAUGGACCACCUUUGUCCUCAGCCUGAGCACUGAAGGGCUGGUGCCCAGUGCAGGGCUGCGGGGCCGCGGGCCAUGGGCUCCUUCUCUGGUGACGGGGGACCUGCUGCCCGGUGCACAGCAGCAUCCACCUCUUGCAACCUGGGGCUCUGCUCCCCGUGUGCGCAGAGGUCACGGGGCGGCUCUUGAGGUGGCAGCAGCAGGCGCUGGCCUUCCCUCGGGCUCCUUCCUGCUGCUGCUGGCAGCUGGGGGUGCUGAGGCUGCAGAGCCUGCUGUGGGUGCUGCCCUGAGGGGGAGGCAGGCUGGGCUCAGACUCCUCUACGCUGUGAGACUGCGCACGGGCCACUAGGUGGGAGCACUGAGUUGGCCUGGUGGGGCUGGUGUGCUCCCAGGAUCUGGGUAACUUUAAUCUGUUUUGUUUUGUUUUUAUGAUUUAUUCAUUUAUUUGAAGGGCAGAAUUAAAAAGAGAAAGAGAAGGAGACAAAGUAAGAUCUUCCAUCUGCUGGUUCACUCCUCAAAUGGCCGUGGAGCUGCACCAAUCCGAAGCCAGGAGCCAGGAGCUUCUUCCAGGUCUCCCACGUGAGUGCAGGCGCCUGAGCACUUGGGCCAUCUUCCACUGCUUUCCCAGGCACAUUAGCAGGGAGCUGGAUCAGAAGUAGAGCAGCCGGGAUGCUGGUGCCACAGGCAGCAGCAUUACCCGCUAUGCCAUCGCACCGGCCCCACCGUAACUGUUUCAUCUUAAAGAGGAAAGUUGGGGGCCGGCGCUGCGGUGCUGCUGGUGAAGCCACCACUUGAGGCCCCUGCUUCCAUGCUGUUCUGGUUCCAGUCCUGACUACUUUGCUCCAGUCACCUCUCUGUUCAUGUACCUGGGAAAGCAGCACAAGAUGAGCUGAGUGCUUGGGUCCCUGCUGCUUAUGUGGAGACCUGGAUGGAGUUCCAGGCCCUUGGCUCCAGUCUGGCCCAGCCUCAGCUGCUGCGGCCCUGUGGGAGUAAACCAGUGGAUGGAGAUCGAUCAAGGGAUCUCUCUGUCUCUCUCUCUUCUCCCUCUCCCCCACCCCACCACCUCCCUCCCUCCCCAGCCUUCCCUCGCCCUCUCCUGCCUUUCAAACAAACAAAUAAAUUUUUUUAAACAAA